ACAGUCUGCUGUCCGCUUUGUGAUAUACAAAUACGAAUUCGAUUCAAAUCUGAAAUCCGAAACAUAUACAGUAGCAAAAGCGCUUGCAGAUAUGCAACCAAAUGCCGCCGACGAUAGCGCUUCUCCGUUCAAGCUUUUACUCUCGUGUCCCUCUGGUCUCUAUCCCUCACAGGUCUCAGUAGUUUUUGAUGCUUCGUUCGAUCGUAUUCCUCAUCCAGAUGUUCAACUGGAGAAUUCGAUUUCUGAGAUAUGGAAUCGAAAGAGUCAGCACUCAUCAUUGUUGUUCAAUGGAAGUAAAUUCAGGUAUGCAGGGCAUAGCUCCUCUAAUGUGGCGGAUUCUAGUCAAGUGGCCAGUGCAUGUUUACAUCUUGGUCUGACAGAUUAUAGAACUUUUGUUGGUACAAACUUAAACCCAAUGUGGGAAAAGUUUAUAGUUGAAUCACAAGAUGAAUGUUCAAGGUGUCAACAUACCUCAAAUCCACUGGGUAAUGGUGCAGUUGUAGAGACAUCUGACAAGAGGAUACUGGUACUGCAGAGAAGCAACAAUGUUGGAGAAUUUCCUGGACAUUUUGUGUUUCCUGGAGGACAUCCAGAGCCUGGUGAAGUCGGAAUAACAGCUCAUCAGUCUAAUCAAGAUACUGAGCUCAUUAAUAAAAUGAUAUCCCAAGAAAUGUUUGACAGCAUCAGUCGUGAAGUAGUGGAAGAAAUUGGAGUUCCUGCAGAGUCUCUUUGCACCCCCAUAUUCAUUGGCCUGUCUCUUAGGGCAAUUAAUGUUAGACCAGCUGCUUUUUUCUUCAUAAAAUGCAACCUUCCUUCAGAAGAAAUCCAACAAUUAUAUUCCAGUGCAAAAGAUGCCUACGAGUCUACACAACUUUACAUUGUGCCUAUGAGCGAGUUAGAGAGCAUGGCAUCUAAUAUGCCUGGCUGCCACCAAGGAGGAUAUGCACUCUACAAGCUGAUGUUAGAUGCUAUGAAGUAAUGACGAUAAAAUGACAUGGUCAAUACUCUAUCAAGGUUUUCCACAUUUGUAUUAUCCGCAGAUUUUACUUUCAGUCGUGAAAAAGAGGUGGUUUUCCCAAGGAUUUCAAGCUUCAACAGGGAAAGACAAUGAUAAAAUGCAAACAUUCGAGUACGACAGUGCGUCUUAUUCAGAUCUAGAAUGAUGUGCAACAUAUACUGUAUAUGGAGCCAGAACCUUGUCGGUGCAAUCUAUCCUGUUAGCAAGCACAAUAUUUAGCCAAAAUAGUCCAGGUGCUCUGUUUCAAGAUUGUUCAACUUUAUCCUAAAGACCAAAACAUUGCUCUUAACUUUAUCUAUAUCAAUCGUGCAUACUAAGCAAACAACCCUCUAGAGCUGAGCUCGUAUGUUGCAACAUUACAGCUCAAUUACUGGGACACUGAGUAUCACUGGCAGUGAUCGUUGAUCAGUCUAUGUCAAGAAUGCGAUGGACAACAGGCCAGGGUCGCCCCGAAAUUAUUGUGAUAUGACCGCCUAUUCAAGUUGGAAGGUUGUCAAGACCGUCAUAGAUUGGCAAUUGCAAAUCAUACCAUUUCUGACAAUUAUUAUUUGUGUGGGGAUUACAUAGGGGGAAUUAAAUUAGGGAUCAUUUGGUUCAUGGGUAUGUAGAAUCAGGUAUGGGGUUUGUCCAAACCUGUUUGGUUGGAAAAAAUAAAAUUUCAAACCUAUACUUUAUACCCCAAGGUAUGGGUUUUUGAUACCCAAGUGGGGAGGUGGGUAUGAGAUGGAGGUAUGAGAUUUAUUCAAUUUUUA